CGCAUGCGAGUAAUUCAACCUUAUAUAUACGUAGACAGCAAUAUCCACCCUUUUCCCGCCUAAUCAGAAGGUUCUGAUUUCGCACAGAACACUGCUUGAGAGCCUUCUUGGACACUCUUGUUUCUAUCUGAGCCGUCGUCGUCGUCUUCGUCGCGAAACGAUCCGAACGGUCCAUUGCAAUGUCUAAGAAACGGGGUCUUUCAUUGGAAGAGAAGCGUGAGAAGAUGCUUCAAAUAUUCUAUGAAUCUCAAGACUUCUUCCUUCUUAAGGAGCUUGAGAAGUUGGGCCCCAGGAAAGGGGUGAUUACUCAGUCUGUGAAAGAUGUCGUCCAAAGUUUAGUGGAUGAUGACCUUGUUUCAAAAGACAAGAUAGGAACCUCCGUGUAUUUUUGGAGCCUUCCUAGCUGUGCUGGAAAUCAGCUUAGGAAUGUGUAUCGCAAACUUGAAUCUGAUCUCCAAAGCAGUAAGAAGCGGCUUGCGGAACUAGUUGACCAAUGUGAUGCAUUAAAGAAGGGACGAGAGGAAUCUGAUGAACGUGAGAAGGCCUUAGCUGAGCUAAAAGCCAUAGAGAAAAAGCAUAAUAUGCUGAAGGAUGAGAUGUGUCAGUAUGCAGAUAAUGAUCCAGCUGCUUUUGAAGCAAUGAAGGAUGCAAUUGAAGUGGCCCAUGCAGCAGCUAACAGAUGGACAGAUAACAUCUUCACACUGCGGCAAUGGUGUUCAAACAACUUUCCCCAGGCCAAAGAACAGCUUGAAAACAUGUAUAAGGAGGUUGGAAUAUCUGACGAUUUCGACUAUCUGGAGCUAUCAGCAGUUCCACUAAGCUGAGGUGGUGAUUAGAUGCUUGAGGAAUUCUAACUCCUAAAGCUAUGGGAGUUAUGGCUUAUAUUUUCUUUUGACGAGUUUCUCACAACUAGAAUGCAGAUUGACAUCCAGCCUUGUGACAGUUUCCCAAAUGAGUGCUGCUGUUCUGCUUAAUGCUUUAUGAAAUCAGAAUGUUGAGCUAAAAAUAGGUUUUGAUGCUCGAAAAAAUAGUGUCCGAUUCCCGUGUCGCAGAACUAUUCUGUGGAGGAUUUUUGAUUAAAUGGGAAAUCUCUUGUUUCCGAUGGCA